GUGAACGUGCGCUAUUUGAACCACAGAUCUGGAUCCACUCCAAAGCAUCAAUCAAACAAACUCCUUCUUUCUCCCUCUCUUUCCCUCUCUCUUUGAGGGAUUGUUUUUUUUUUUUUUUUUUUGAAUUCAAAGGAGAGAGAAAGUUAGUGAGAGAGAAAGAGAAAGCUCAGCUUCAGAAAACAAUGGCAGAGUAGCAGUAGAAGCAGCAACAGCAGCAGCAGCAGCAGCAAACAGAGUUGCAGGUUUUUCCUUUUGAACACCAAAAUCAUACCUCUCUUCUUCUUCAAAAACUAAAACCCAUUUCAACUGAAGGCGGUGCUUUGGCUUUUAUGGUAAAAAAAACAUCAAUCUUUGACCAUUAUACACUUCUUCAUCAACAAAGAUUUCAACUUUCUUCUUCUUUCAUUGGAACAAGCUUUUUGAAAGAAAAAGGAAAAAAGAGAGAAUAUGAGAGUGAAGUGAAGCUACGCCAACUCUAAUCCCAUCUCAUCUCUUUGAUCUCGACAACUUUGGUAGGUGAAACGUUGAGAAAAACAAAGAAACAAAGUUAAGAAAAACAAGUAUUACUUGUAAAAGAUUUCACUUUUGUCUCCAAAACCAGCAAAACCAGAAAACAGAGGGAACAACAAUCUUUCUUCUUCAUUUUAGUUGGUGGGUGUGAAACUCUCUCUCUCUUUUCUCUUCCCCUCCAUGGAUUCCUAUGAAGCUUCAAGAAUUGUGUUCUCUAGGAUCCAAAAUUUGGACCCUGAAAAUGCUUCUAAAAUCAUGGGCCUUCUUCUUAUUCAAGACCAUGGAGAAAAAGAGAUGAUUAGGUUGGCUUUUGGCCCUGAAGCUUUGCUUCACUCUGUUAUUCUUAAGGCUAGGAAGGAUUUGAGUCUUCCGGCGGUUAACUCGCCGUCGACUCCGUCGACACCGAGUUCUUCGCCUUCUCCGUUUUCUCUUUCGACGAAUCCUAUUGCUAUUUCGAGGCAGAGUUCUUCUUCUUCUCGGUUGGGAAUUAAUCUUCCUCCUUCACUUUCAAUUCCUAGCCCUUCUUCUUCUAGUUCUGUUUCUUGGGUUGCUGGUUUUUCCUCUGACCUUCAAAAUUCUGAUGAUCAUUUGAUUAGUCCUGGGAAUUUACCACUUGGGUCGUCUUGUUUUGGUGCUGGAGGAGCUCCGGCGAGUGAUAUGAUCGAUGAAUUUCAGCUUCAGGACCAACUUUCCUUCCUCAACGACGGCUCUCCGACAAUCGGUGUAAAAAAUUCGGACUUGUUUUUCCCGCCGGCGGACUUGUCGUCGAGUCCCACCGGUGGCGGAUUUGGGUCGUACGGUGGAGAUGCCACUUGGGGUGGAGGGCCGGUCCAUCGCCGGAGCUGCUCUGUCAACGAUGCGUGUUUGGGAACAGAGGAUUUGAAUUGUGGGUUGGGUUGGAAGCCUUGUCUUUACUACGCUAGAGGGUUUUGCAAGAAUGGAACCAGUUGCCGGUUUCUCCACGGCGGCCUUGGCGACUCCGACGGCGGCGCCGUCGUCGGCUCGCCGAGUAAGAUCGAGAUGAUGGAGCAGUGUCAUGAACUUCUCAGAUCCAAAUCCUCUGCUCAACAACGCCUCGCCGCUGCUUCUCAGCUUAUGGCUUCUGCUAAUUCCUUCCCUUACUCUCCAAAAUCCAUCAACUUCCUUCUCCAACAGCAACAAAACGAUUCCCAGAGAGCUGCCGCAGCCGCCGCCGCAGCCUUAAUGAUGGGGGAAGAUCUGCAUAAAUUUGGCCGGUCCAAUCGGCUAGAACGAAAUGAAUUCUCGUUGAACGGCGGCGCCGGUAUCAUCAAUCCAGCUUCAAGACAGAUCUACUUGACCUUCCCAGCUGAUAGCACUUUCAAAGAAGAAGAUGUGUCGAAUUAUUUCAGCAUGUAUGGUCCAGUUCAAGAUGUGAGAAUCCCGUAUCAACAAAAGAGAAUGUUUGGGUUUGUCACUUUUGUUUACCCUGAAACAGUGAAGCUCAUUUUGGCUAAAGGGAAUCCUCAUUUUGUUUGCGAUGCUCGUGUUCUUGUUAAACCUUACAAGGAGAAAGGCAAAGUCCCAGACAAGUACAGGAAGCAGCAGCAAAUCGAUAGAGAUUUCUCCCCUUGUGGAACUCCAACUGGAUUGGAUUCCAGAGAACUUUAUGAUCAUCUUCAACUUGGGUCAAGAAUGUUUUAUAAUUCUCAACAAGAUCUGUUAUGGCGAAGGAAAUUGGAAGAACAACAAGCUGAUCUACAAGCACUUGAUCUUCAAAGUCGACGCCUUUUGAAUCUGCAGCUUCUUGAUGUGAAGAAGAAUCAGCUCUCCCACCACCACCACCGUGCUCUUUCCACCGGCAGCCCGGUUCCUUCCCCAACGCAUUCUCCGAACCCGUUUGCUCAAAAUCUCAUCUUCCCCACCAUUCGUAACAGUAGCAGUAGCAGCACCUCAGACAUCUUGAGAGAGAAUGGCAUUAUGCCAGUGCGGACGCCACCUCCUGUUUCAGUCAUGCCGUCGUCAACCGACAUACCACAGCAGCCCACCCCAGUUGAUAACGGAACCUCGGCGACAAUUACUCAAGGUGGGAAUGACAAGGAGAGAUCUCAGAUUGAUGACAGUGAUUUACUUGAAUGUUUUGAACAUAAUCUCCCUGAUAGUCCUUUUGCAUCUCCUGCAAAAGCCACCGGCGACUACUCGACGAACUUCUCUGACAUAGCAGCGGUCGGGGAAGCAACAAACAGCUCCGACAUGUCUUCAUCAUCAAUUCUCACAUCAACUCCCUCAUUGGAAGUAGCAACAUCCUUCAAAUCCUACAAUUGCCAAAUGCCAAGGUUCCCGUCCGCCCACGGCGCGAUCGGAAUGUAUGCGGGGACUGGCGGGCCGACAUGUCCAGUGGGAAUUUAGCAUCCAAAGCAGCAACAGCCAGCAGCAAGCAGGAAGGAAAUAAAUACAUAAACAAAAAAAAAAGGAAAAAAGAAAAAAGUGAUUAACCAAAACAGAGGAGUACUAUAUGAAAACAAUAUCUAUAGAGAAUCAGCAGAAGAGGAAGAAGAGUCAGAAGCAGUAGCUCCACAAAGGCUCCAUCAUCAACAGUACAAAGAGAGAAAAAAGAAAGAAGCAUACAUAAAAGGGGAAAAAGUGGGGUCACCCAUUUUUUUUCUUUGUUGUUAAUUGUUGUUGUUGUAGUAGUAGUAGUAGAAGCACAGGAGAACAAAUCCAUCUUCUAUCUCUUUUAGUGGUAAAAAAAAAUUUGCAUUACAGGUUUAAGUAAAAGAAAAGGACACACAGAAAGAAAGAAGGGUUUUUUUUUUUUUUUUUUUUGUUAUUUUUUCUUCUCACAGAGUACUUAAAAUGUGUAGUAGUAAGAAAAAAAUGGUAGGGGAUGAGGAAGAAGGAGAAGAUGAUGAUGAUGGGAGUCUGGGGGACUGUAAUAUUCAAUUUUUAAUUUGAUUUUCCCUAAUACCUUUCUUUUGUUGUUGUUUA